CUCAUCUUCACCUGCCGCGGUAGUCUGCUGCAAACGACCCGAAAACAGGGUAACCGGACGCCAGGUGAAGUUAUUUAGGAAUGAGAUAAGACAACGCCCAGGUUUGCUAAACAUGUCGGGGAGGAGAAACGUUACAGGCUCAAGCUGAACGAAGACAUUUGUUGAUCACCGCAUCCGAAGAGCGGAAGUUGUUCAACGAAAACACUCGGAGUGGUCAAGACGGUGUUCAUUUAUUGUUUUGGGCAACGUGGAGAGACAACUUCCUUGGAGUUUAAGAGUUUGGGCAACCUAAAAGGCACCUCGGCGGACAGGUGCUAUGAGCAGUGAGCUGAACGUGCCAAUGGGAUCCCCGGCCCCAGGAGUCUCAGAGCGGGCCCCGGAGAGCGGGGGGAUGGACUACAGGGACUGGGUGCGACGCAGUUACCUGGAGCUGGUGAGCUCCAACCAUCACUCAGUACAGGCCCUGUCCUGGAGGAAACUCUACCUGAGCCGAGCCAAGCUAAAGGCCUCCAGCAGGACCUCUGCACUGCUCUCUGGCUUCGCAAUGGUGGCCAUGGUGGAGGUGCAGCUGGAAAUGCAGUACAGUUACCCUCCUGUGCUCCUCAUUGCCUUCAGUGUGUGCACCACCGUGCUGGUGGCAGUGCACCUCUUCGCUCUGCUGAUCAGCACGUGCAUCCUGCCCAAUGUGGAGGCCGUCAGCAACAUCCACAACCUCAACUCUGUCAGCGAGUCACCACACGAGCGCAUGCACCACUACAUCGAGCUGGCCUGGGGCUUCUCUACAGCCCUGGGCAUCCUGCUGUUUUUAGCAGAGGUGGUGCUCCUCUGUUGGAUCAAGUUCUUGCCUGUAGACUGCAGCGGGGCUAAAAAAGGACCUGCCUGCACCACCACUACAGGGAAGCCUACGGCAGCCUCACUUGAGCCGCAGGACAGCGGCUGGAAGGCUGCACUGGCCUCCACCAUCAUCAUGGUCCCAGUGGGGGUGAUUUUUGUUGUGUUCACCAUUCACUUCUAUCGCUCUCUGGUGCGCCACAAGACGGAGCGCCACCACCAGGAGAUCGAGGAACUGCACAAGAUUAAGGUGCAGCUAGAUGGCCAUGAGCGAGGCCUCCAGACUGUGUGAUGACAUCCCUGCAGCUUUAAAGACUUUUCCUUGUGUCUCAUAUUUAUCUCUUCUCUGACAUUUGCUCUGGUCAUUAUUAAUGCCUUACUUGAAAUCGUAGGCACUGAGCCUUAAAGCUCCUCACUUCACAGCACAGACAGCCAAUACAUGUCAGAUUGCUAAUUUAUUCUUGCAUUUUAGGAUUUGUGCUGUGACCUUGUCCGUGUUCUCGAUCUGUCAUAUGUGUUGGUAAAGGAUAAUGUAAAAAGGUUUACAGAAAAAAGGGCUAUCAUAUUUUGUGGGCCAUUUAUGCCAUUUUCUUUCCAUUUCUGUGUUUUUAUGGUGGGGUUUGGUGACGAUAGCCAGUCUCUGUUUGGAUCCAGUUCCAUGUUGGAAAAAAACAGAUUUCACACUGAUGCCGGGUUCAUACUGGACACUGAAGCGCCACAAAGCACACUGAUUUUCUGUGAAGCACUGCCCACUUCCUCUGGUGCCCACAUUAACCAGUUAGGCGGUUAACAACGGUCAAACCUUUUGGCCUGCAGCCGGCUCACAAUUCAAGUGAUUGUUUUGGUGUCUAGUCAGUUUUUUUUUCUGAGAGCAAAUCUGGCAAGAAAAGACAUUGAUGAUCUAAUAUGAAUAACAUAAAGGAUACAUUAUACAUAUAAACGACAAAUUCUGAGAAGUAAUAAAAUAUGCAUCCAGUGCUUCCCAAUACGUGUCAGUUUUGUAUAAUCAGAUCUUUUCAGUUCCAUAAUUUUGCAUUUCAAAACAGUUUUGAAGUCCAUGUUGACCAAUUCUUACCAGAUUCACUUGAUUAGGAAUCAAAUGACAGCCAAAAAAAAAAACUACAUGGGACUAACAAAGUGGGUGUGUCUGUAAAGGAGAGAUUCAUGGAUUCCCACAGAACACGUUUUCAUUUGGAUAUCUUGAGGUCAGAAGUGAAGGGACCCCUGUGAAAUGGUCAUGCCAUUUUUCCAUCGGCCAAAUUUAGCCCAGCUUUAGCAUGUUAUUUAUCCCCUUUUCUGAGAAGCAAGCAUGACAUGAUUGUUACAACAGGCUUCCUCAGGUCUUCUAGUUUCAUAUGAUACCAGUAUCGUUAAAACUCAGCUCAGUGCAAACUCCUAAAGACAGGAAUGUUGGCCUGCGUGAAACAUGUUUAAACAUUUUUUUUAUAAAGCAUUAUGUACAGACCUUAAUGGCACUGCAAUUAACAAAACAACACUGACAAUCCCAGUAUAAACAGGUGUGAGAACAUGCCGACUUCAUCUCACUUUGGUUGUAUUUUCUCUUCUUCGCCACUGCCGGUCUGAACAGCGUCUGAGCUCUGAAUUUUAUCCACUCUGAACCUCACCUGCGCACUGCCAUUGGGUGAGGUAAACACCCCCCCUCCCCACCCAUUCUUGUUCCGAGAAUAUCGAAACAUUAAAAUACAGGCAGAGUCUCUGCAAAUACAGUCACCACCACACAUGAACAGGAGCCCAUACGUGAUGAUUUGCAGGAUUACUUUUGUAUAGGUCUCUAUUAUUUUUUACAAAGGAAAAAGUUACUGACUGUACCUUUAAGUUGAGACAGUGCUUUUGACGACAAUGGCAGUUCAUUGUGUCGAGAUGCCACCAAAGCAUUCAAAGUAUAUCAGACCCCACUUGAUUCACAUAAUAAAUAUCGAAUAAAGUACUCUAUCUGUAUCAGUAUUACUUUAAUGGUACUGGUAUUUGUACUGGUAUCAUAUUUUUUUAAACAAUACCCAGCCUUACUGACCAACACUGAGAAAUGCUCUUUUUUGUAUGAAUAGCCAGGCAACUUCUGACGGGCUGCAGUGUGACAAUUGUUAUAUGGGGGUGCUUCAGUCCAGUGUGAACAUGGUGUUUGCCUAACAAAUUUGUCAUUGAAUCUUUUAUCUCCUUACUUGCUCACAAAGAGUUUCCAUCACUAUUGUGAGAGGAAAUGGUAAAUACUAUUUGUUACUUGCCAUUAUUUAUUUUUUUAUUUUUUAUUAUGCUCUCAAUAACUUGGUUUCCAUGUUCAGCCAAAUACUGUGAAAGAAAUACUCUUUCUUGAGGGUCAAUCUGAUACUUUGAGUUUUAGUUUAGGGGUCGACAAAUUAUGAUUAUUUGGGGCCGAUAUUUGGCAUUUUGCCCAUUAUCUGAAUCAGCAUUUUAUUUUAAUGGUCAUG